UUUUUUUCCGCUUUGGAAUUCUCGAGUCAGUUGAAUCUGGGUAAACAUACUGGGUUAUGGCUUCUAAACCAACUUUUAUUGCAUUGUCUGGCGGAAGGGUGUCCAUGAUGAGUGGGCUGGCUGGCGUUGCUUGUGCUGCCAUGGUGUAGGGCUCAUCCGCAGAAUCAAACAAAGCCGAACAAUGCGGCGGCGUCAAUCAAAAAUUCUUUAACUUGAACCUGGGACGGACUUUUUUUUUUUUGAAGCAGCCGUAAGAACUGAAUCUGUGCUUUGUUCAAUGGCAUUCCAGACAAAGAAUCUGCGCUACCUGCGGUUGACUAAUGACACGGUGCUGCGGGUAGUUUUGUACAUAAAAGACGUCCAUAUUCCAUGGUAUACCGACAGCAAAGUUCAUGUCUCACUGCAAAAUAUAAUUUUAAAGCAAUUAAUCGGCGACAAUACAAAAGUACAGACAAAGCGCAAGAGAGGGGACAAAGGAUUAGCUGAGGUUUUUAGAGGCCCCAAUUUCCAGUUCGCAUACUAUUUUACAACACAAGAUACCCAUCACUCCAUUGUCCAUAGGGAACCAUCGUAUAUAUUUCCAGAAUCCGUUGAAGCCAGCGAUGAAGGAGAAGAGGAUCAGAAGCCUGUUUUGCAGGUACAUUACAAAGGUUUAUCCAUGUAUCCUGAACAACUGGUGCUGGUGGUCGAGCCAUACGACGCCAAUGGUCAACCAGAAUUCUUUGGGUUUCAUUAUCGGAACACCAUCACCAAAUAUUUAGAGGCUCCAGCGUCUUCGUCGUCAGCAACACGAUCGUCAGAAUAAAAUGAUUGCCAGAGCUUAAAUUUUUGACCCC